AUGCGAAGCUGCAGGGUAAAUUCCGGAAUACUCUCAAUCUCGAGGAGCCUGUACGGCACAUCAGGCGUAGCGCCCGGCUACUAUCAGAUCAGCCGUCGUCUUGCGUCGAGUGGAGCAGUAAGGCAGAGUUCGUCCAAUGAAUUCGAUGUCGUUAUCGUCGGCGGAGUUAGUGGGAUCAGUAAUAAGCAUCAUCUGCUGGCAGAUAUCAAGCGCAUCGCACUAUGUGAGCGCCGCAGCGGAUACGCUUUGGUCGCCUCCCAUCUUAAAAACAACAGCCAAACCAUACACUGCGGCGAUAUAGAGACGAAUUACACGCCGGAAACCGCCGUGAAGGUCAAGCGAAGCGCCAACAUGCUCAGGAACUGCCUGACCAAAAUACCAGAAAACGACCUCUAUAACAUCGCACGGAAGGGGCAAAAAAUGGUCAUCGGUGUCGGCGACAGUGAGUGCCAGUACAUCAAGGACCGAUACGCGCCAUUCAAGCAAAUAUUCCCCACGCUUCAGCUGCUAGAUAAGAACCAAGUACACCAAGUUGAGCCGAACGUGGUGCGAGGGUUAAAGGGGGGCAUGAGGCCAGAGGACGUCAAUGCGCUCUACGUGAACGACGAGCUUACGACCUGCAACUUCAUGGCCUUGUCGGAGCACUUUGUGAAGGCUGCCAACCACGAUGGAAAAGAGCUUCAGCCCAUGCUCAACACGGAGGUCAAAAAUGUGACGCGCGAAGGAAGCACGUACAAGGUAACCACGAACAAUGGAACGCUGUCGGCGAAAUUCGUCGUGUUUAGUGCCUGUGGGUACUCCCUACUUUUCGCCCAGCGCAUGGGCAUCGGGCUGGAGUACAGCGUACUGCCCGUGGCAGGGAGCUUCUAUUUCGCCCCCAAUGUUUUGCAAGGCAAGGUGUAUACCGUGCAAAACCCCGCGCUGCCUUUCGCUGCCGUACACGGCGAUCCAGACAUUGGAGCCAAUAACGAGACGCGCUUUGGGCCGACCGCACUGCCGCUGCCGCUGCUUGAGAGGUACAACAUGCGAAGCUUGCCUGACUUUUUGAGGGUGCUACGCCUGGACACACGUGUCAUGGCGGUGUACCUAAACCUCUUGGGAGACAGAACCAUACGCAACUACAUGCUGCGCAACUUCUUGUUUGAGGUGCCACUGCUAUCGAGGUUGCUCUUCCUCAAGGACGCGAGGAAAAUUGUGCCUUCCCUCACACUCAAGGACCUGCGCUAUUCGGUGGGGUACGGAGGAGUUAGGCCCCAGCUAGUGGACAAGGUGAACAAGAAGCUGCUCCUGGGGCAGAGCAAACUGUCCAACGGGGAAGGGUGCAUAUACAACAUCACAGCGUCACCGGGCGCCACAACGUGUGUAUCGAACGCCGAAAUCGAUAUGCGCGAAAUAUGUGCUUACAUUGGAGCUACAAUCGACGAGAACAAACUCAAACAGCACUACUUCGAGGGAGAAUAUGCGAUCUGA